AUGCUCGUCCAGAAAAGAGAACUGCUGCCUCCAAUCACAAUCGAUCGUCCUAAACAAUUCGAACAAGAAAGUGUUCACAAUUGCAGUCCCACGACUCUUGUUCCGUCGGAAGACGAAAACGGCUCACCGAAUGUGGCUCACCAAUCCGACCAGAGCUCUUUUUUGAGCAACAUUACUAGAAACAGGGGGCUUCUCGAAACAGUGCCAGACUCCAAGACGGCCGAACUCCACGCGGCCGCCCACCAAAUCUACGACUCCACCUUUGGCCAAAUCAGUAAAGAGGAUUAUCUCGCGUUUCUGGGCGGUGGAAUUCAUCUUGAUGAGUAUACGAGCACAGAAAUCGACACAAUUCGUCGCAAAUACAUGGAAUUGUUCAAAUGGAACCCGGAUCUCCUCAGAUCUCUAAGAUCUCUGUGCAGAAAACUGUUCUUCAAAGGAGAGUCACAGUUUAUCGACACAGUUUUGGACUCGUUCGCAGACAGCUGGUUCCAGUCCCCGCAAUCUGCCACCACAAGACACCUUUAUGGUAACUCCAACGGUGUCUACCUUGUUGCUUACUCGUUCAUUCUCCUCAACACUGACUUGCAUUCGGAGGAGAUUGCCAAAAACAACAAAAUAACUCGCUCAACUUUUGUCAAAAACACAAUCGUUGCUUUGCAGCAAAACAUCGUUCCUGUCUCCGACUACAGUUUGCUUUCUAGCGAACUAAAGAGGUUUUACGCAGGAAUCUUGGAACGCAAGUUGAGUCUCUCUACUGCGACACCAAAUCCAAGACUUUCGUACCAACACUCAAGAACAGUCUCUCGCAGCAAAGCUAUUACCGAUGAUAACAUAUCAAUCUUCACAGAAGGCAGAGACACCUCGUUCUCUUCCACAACAUCGGGAAGCUCUUUUGGAUUUGCUAAAGCUAUAUUGAUGGAGAGAAACAUGCUCCGUGCAAUGCACACAAACAGAAGCGACCUCUCUUUCAGCUCCACGUCGGUUAAAAUGGCCGACAAGUUUGAAUUGAAUGAUGACGGCAAAGAUUUCGAUAUCGGUCCUAACAACGACUUCAUCAUCGAAGAAGAAGGGGACCUGCAAUUGGAGCUCGAUGGACCUCCUUGGAUCAAAGAAGGUUUGCAAAACGUGGUUUUGUCAAAACACAUUCUCCAAAGCUUUGAGAACAAGACCGGCAAGAAGAACCUGAAGCCUAAAUGGCAAAGUCUUUUUGUGGUGGUUUUUCAAGGAGAGCUGAAGUUUUUCAGUUUUGAUGCAAAUGCCUCCACUGUCAAGCACCAUGGAGACGGACACUGGUGGGAGUACGCUAAAUGCGUCACCACCAUCAAUCUGUGCUCUUGCUUUGCACAGAUCGUCGAGAGACGGUCCAAACUUUGCAGAUCUGUUGUGCGUGAGUUUGGGGAAUCGUCCACGCGAACUGGACUUGAAACGUACUGGACUUUGAACAUCCCAAGCCCAGAGAUUUCAAAAGGCCACAACUACUAUAACGUUCAUUUCUGCGCAGGUACCCCUGAGACUGCGCAGGAGUUUGUUGAGACGUGCAACUUUUGGGCCGCACGUUCUUCUGCUAUUCCAUUGUCAGAGACCAUGUCUUCUUUGGAUUAUGGAUGGUCAGACAAGAGUCUUAAUUGCUUCAGAAAUCUUAAGUCGAUUGAGAUCGAAAACUACUUGACCACCACCAAGUUUGCGGGCUGGAUCCCGCUUAUGAAUGGUCUUGUGCCGACACAUUUGAAUAUGGCGGAGCAGUUGUUCAACUUGAAGAAACACUACCGCCUGUUGCACCAAAGUGUGAAGGACCACAAGGCGCUAGAUAGCGACUUUGCGAGACUCAACACGAUUUACGACCGCAGCGUGAACGAGACCGGAUUGCUGAGUAAGAUGUUGAACAGGUCAAACGUCCAGAAUAAGGAGAAGGUGGUCAAGAACAUACAAACUAUAAGAGUCAACUACGUGAACAAGUUGAACUACUUGGACAACGAGCUUCUCCGGUUCAAGAGAUACUCUCAGAUACUGGAGAAGGCUAUUCGGCUGCGCAAUGAGAAGCUCAAGGGUCAGAUGGCUUGA